AUAUACUUUAAUCGUGGAGAAGGAUUAUUAAAUCUGCUGCCUUUAAUUAUAUGUUUAUUUUGUUUUGGAAAAUAAUCACGUUUGGUCGAUGAUACAGACGACUUUUUAGGAUCGCCUUAAGCUUAUGUUCGAGAUAAAAAAAAAUAAAACAAAAAUUUUUCAAGGCGAUACCUAUAGCUGUGUGAUGCGUAUUCUUUCGAGCGGAUGCAUCUGGCGUGAUUGGCAUGAAUGCGCGAGGACAUUUAUGACAUCUAGCAUCCUUUGAUCAACUUCGAAACUAACGGAGAAAAUGAGCAAGAUGAAGAAGAAGCAGAUUUGUGCGCAAUAUGCGGUUUUCUUUGUGAAAGAACUUUGCUCCUGUUACCGGGAACGUACGGUAUAUGAUGAGAUGUAGUAUAUCUGCCGCGAUACAUUUAUAGACAGCCAAGGAUAAGGAAUUCAUGAGAGUACUAUCGCGCGAUUCCGUCGCGUCGCGCAUGAAUGCAAUGAAUUGCGCUAUCGCGCUUAAAAAAGGCGCAGAGGUCGUGGAGGAUUGCUCAUCGCGCACGCGGAAAGAGGCGUAAAAUAAGAUCCAACAACCGCGUGUACGUUCGAGAGAAAGGGGGAGAGAGAGAGAGAGAGAGAGAGAGAGAGAGAGAGAAGUCGCGGAUGUGUAGUCGGAUAGUACACGAAGUUCGUCUCGAUCGCAAUCUACACGGAUCAAAUGCAUAUACAUAUUAUAUGUACAGGUAUCACGUCUCCGGUUUAGGAUCAGUUUCGCUCGAAUUAAAAUUUAAUUCAAUGCGCGUGCGAACGAGCGUGAUGUGUAUGUAUGCGCGUGAAGGCGGGUGAAAAUCGCGGAGGCAAUUCCGUCAAUCCGUAUAUAAUAAUUAAAAAGUGCUCGAACGCGGCAAACGUCACUCCGAGACGGCUGCGCGCGGCGGCGGCGCGCAGCAGGACAACGCACAGCUUCAGCAGGUUAUUACGUCCGUUAUAUCCCCCGCGUCGUCGUCGGCACAGCUUACGUAACGCGUGUAGUGCGCACCAUCCGCCGCGUUGCAACGCUCGCUGCUCCGAAGGGUCCCGGAAGCAUUCGUCCGAUCAGUCGGUUGGUCGGUCGAACUUUUCGUAGAGAGCGGGGGGAGGGGGAGGGGUAGCGAAGAGAGAGAACGAUAGCACGGCCGCGACUACAUUCGGCUCACUCCGCCACAACCGAAUGAACCGAACGAAGCCCGCGCUGAGCUGAUUGUGAGGCGCCCGAGGACGGCGGAAGAAAGACAGAGACGAAUAGAACAACUGCGCGCGCACGAGAGGAAGAGAAAGAGAGAAACGGUGGCGGAGUAGCGGUAGGUCAAACGCUAGACGGAGACGCGGUGAAACCUAGAGAGGAGAGGAGGUGUACGUGUGCGAGGGCACACUGAGUUGCGCGAGUAUCAACCAGCUGGUUAGCAAGGGAGUCGUGAGCAACUGAGCAGUCGCCAGUGAGACGCGGCACCCCGCGAGCGCGUGUGUUAUUUGUUCGUUCGUUCGUCCGUCCGUCUGUACGCGUGCUUUAAGUAUCCGUGGCGGGGAUUCCCCUACGCGUGUGCCCGCCGUAACUGUUAUCUCCUUCUUUUCCUCCUUUUGCUGGUUCCGUUUUGACAGUCGCACGCACGUACGUACGUUCGUUCGUCCGUUCAUCUGGAAGUAAUAUCGUGCUUCUUUACUCGCACUUCAUUCGCGAACACGACACUUGCCUCCGCGAGCAUCGUCUGCUCUGCCUCCUCCAGCGCGUCGCUCCACCAUCGUUCGUCCCGACUCCCGCUCGCGCGCGCUCCUUCGCCUCGUCCGCACCGUUUUUCCUCUUUCUCCCCUCGUCUUUCUAGCCUUCCCCUCCUCCAAUCAGGAGGCAAGAAGAAAGAGAGAAAGAGAGAGAGGGAGGUGCGAGUACGUGUGGUGCGCGAUCCGUGGUGUACAUCAUUGAAUCAUUCCGUCUUCAUUGUGUGUGCCACUGGUGCGCGCCGUCUGCUCCUCCGUAAUCUCCGUGGCCGUGCGUGUGCACCCGCGCGCGCGGGUGUGCGAGUCCCGUGCGUGUGUGGUGUACGUGUGUGUGUGUGUUGUGUGGGUUACGUGCGCGCAACGAACAAACCAAGAUGGCCGCCGAUUCAGGAAUGGAGACGUGUCCCUCCCCGGAGAUUGCGGACUCCAGAAAGCGGCCGCUCGACUGCGAUGCGGAGAACGGCGCGACCAAAAGAUCGCACUACGGAUCAGGGGGAGAUGGAACGUAUCACCUCAAAGUAUUGGUCCCCGGCGUGGCGGCCGGGGCUAUUAUCGGGAAAGGUGGAGACACAAUUGCUCAACUUCAAAAGGAUACAGGGGCAAGGGUGAAAAUGUCUAAAUCGCAUGAUUUUUAUCCGGGAACUACCGAGAGAGUAUGUCUUAUCACAGGCACCGUAGACGCUAUUAUGGAAGUCAUGGAGUUUAUCAUGGACAAAAUACGCGAGAAGCCUGAUCUUACUUCGAAGACUACGGUUGACUUCGACUCUGGUAAAGCCACUGCGGAGAGGGAUAAACAGGUCAAAAUUUUAGUGCCCAAUAGUACUGCGGGGAUGAUAAUAGGAAAAGCUGGGAACUACAUUAAACAAAUUAAAGAAGAAUCUGGCUCGUACGUUCAAAUCAGUCAGAAGGCUAAGGAUCUGUCCCUUCAGGAACGAUGUAUCACGGUGAUUGGUGAGAAAGAAAAUAAUCAUAGGGCGUUACACAUGAUCUUAGCAAAAGUGGCGGAUGAUCCGCAAAGCGGUACCUGUCUUAAUGUCAGUUACGCGGAUGUAAGUGGUCCCGUUGCCAACUACAAUCCUACAGGCAGCCCGUACGCUCAAGCUCCCACGAGCACUCCCACAUAUACAUCUACAGCUGGUCUAAAUACAGUGAGUUUGUUGAACGGCGCUGGGUUGAGUCUUAAUCUGAAUCUGGGCGCGGCUAUCACCACCGGCACGGCACCGGUAACGACGCAGCUGCUGGAGCACAUAAAACUGAAUCUACGUACGACAGGUUUCUCCGAGCCCGCCGCCACGGAGAUACUCGCCGCAAUUGCGACCCUCGCCAAGUACAAUAUCCUCGGAAUGGGAAUCGGGAUGCCGUCGAGUAUGAGUUACUUGGGCAAUCCGAUGGACAGUACGACAACUGCGAACGGCUCGAACAACAAUGGCGGUGUGUUCGGACCGAUUGGAACCGUGCCUGCGCUCGGGUCCACCUCGCCGACGCCGCGCAACACCCUCGAUCGGUACGAGCCAUUCGAUCCAUUCCGACAGAACAACACCGCCGCCAGCGCGAUACACCUGAACAACAAUUCGUUCGGCCUGGGCACUAACCAGUUAUCACUUGUAAGUAAGAGUCCUACACAGGUAGACGCCAACAACAAGGAGACCAAGAAAGUAGACAUAGAAAUUGCAGAGGUUAUAGUGGGAGCUAUUCUGGGACCCGGUGGUCGUGCCCUCAUUGAGAUUCAGCACCUAAGUGGCGCCAACAUACAAAUCUCUAAGAAGGGCAUGUUCGCCCCUGGUACCAGGAACCGCAUAGUGACUAUCACGGGUUAUCCCAAUGCGAUCAACACUGCUCAGUACUUGAUCGAGCAGAGGAUCAGUGAAGAGGAGGCGAAGCGAGCGCGUCAGAAUGCCAUCGCCAGUAAAGUAAAGUGCUUGCGACGACAUACGAAAAGUUCGGCCGAGGCGACGAGAGAUCGAGGAAGGAAACAGAAGCUUUAUCAAUACGCAGAUGGUUAAAUUUAACAUGCCCCAGUUAAGUACGUUACAGGGCGAUCUUUAUUGCGCACACAAUGAUAUAUCCGUGUUGUUUUUAUCAUGGUAGGGGGUAUACGACAAGACAUCAGGACGAGGCCGAUUUCUCUUCCUGUGUAGAACGCGUUUAAUUUCAUGGAACAAGAAUCUCCUUGCGUAUAUUCCGGUAAGAAUCAAAUAUAGGUGAAAAGAGCACGGAGAAAGUCACGUUAUAGAAGAGCCACAGCGUGAAUCAGCCAGUCUAAUAUAAGUUCUCUUUAAUGUAACAUUGAUUUAAAGUGUACUGUCUGUUACAUUUUAGUAAUCACGUCGAUACUAUUGUGCGUAGAGUUUGCAGAGUUUUUACGUCGAAAGCGUUAUUUCGACAGCGGCCCUGUAGUGUUUCCUCUAGUAAUCUCUUAUCCGAUGUAACGAAGAAUAUUUCAGGAGUAUCUCCGAUUAAGAGGUAUUCCUAAAACGCAGAUAAUAAUCAAUUACUUGGUAUAGAUAUAUUUUUGAGAAUUCAAAAAAUUAUAACAGUAAGGGAAAAAAAUGUAAAGAAUUUUAAUAACGCCUUUCUGACCCGUUCUGACGUUAAUGGAUUUGCAUUUAUACUCGCUUCCAAAGAUUGUCACGCUGCAUAACAUCCAUUGAAGAGCGAACGAAACACAAAUCACGGUACGCUGUUAUCGAAGUAAUACCCUCGGCGGAAUUUUCCGAUGUUGCUUAACGGCGUAAGUGUAUAUGCGUUACUGCAUCAGCACGCGCGCGCGCGCGCGCGCGCGUGUGUGUGUGUGUGUGUGUGUGUGAAUGUAUGUUUGUAUCUUCGACAUCUUACGUAGUAUCGAGGUAUUUAAUGAUAACAUCAAUAUGAUAACAAGUCGCACGGUUCCGCGUGUAAACUCCAAGCUGCACGAAUCGGUCCCCCAUGCGCGGUCAAUAGCGGUGAUGAUUUUGUCAUAAAAAUAUCAGGUCGACAAUCGACAUGCCGCAAUAUAUUAACAGCAAGAUAUUACAUGUUACGUAUUGGUGACAAAAUAUUGUAUCAUGUGUAACGACAUAUUGAUUCGCGAUGGAGAAUUGUUCAGUCCUUUCCGAGCCAACGAUUCCAAGAGAAAUCACUACCAGCGCCAUGCAUCCCCCUUUAAAUUUCUCAUUCAAAGAUCACGUGAUCAGUAAAUCGUCGGGAGAAGACGAUUGAAAAAUAUUUCUCGCUUAUUUUUACUACAUUUCGAAGGAAAUCGAGUAAGGAUCACGAUUCGAUUCCAAUCGGGAUCGCGGGAACGGAAAGAGACGGAUACACUCGCACGCGCGUCGUUUGAGGAUUUUUAUCCGACGAACGAUUGGCGCGGCGAUCUCGCAGCGGCUGCAUCUGCACAAGGUGGCAAAAGCAGUAUUGGUCGGCCAGUUAAUGUUACCUACGAGUUGUUUAAGCGAGAGGAUGAUGUGUUACGAUUAGAUAACCGGCAGUCGUCGCCCGCCUUUGUUAGGAGAGUCUUUUAUUUUUUCAUACAGCGCUUUGUUUUGUACAGUUUAAAAUAUAUUUCUCCGUUCCAAGAACCCGCAGUAAAAGCGCGAGAGAGGAUCGCGGCGCGAUGGGUAACACGCGUGUACACGUCGCGUCGUUGUUAGUUGUACCACAGUACACAGUUAGCGUGUAGAUUGUGUGUAGCUAGUUUCUUAAAUCUUUUACGGAAUUACAUCACUGCGAGUUUGAGCAGGUUAAAAAUUAUAAUUGAUCGACUCUAUCCGAGACAAAAAAAGAAAGAUAGAUAGGAAAGGAAGAUAAUUACGUAUCUGUACACACACGCGUGUACUCUCGCACACGUGUGCAUAAGAAUGACACGGAUGAAUUAAGGGAGGAAACGUAAAAUUAUAUAACUCUCGUAAAAGAAAUAUAUAUAUAUAAAUAUAAAUAUUAAAGAAAUGUGGAGAUGUAAGCGUAGUAAUCAGGGAACUGUAGGAAUUGCAUUGACUCGCCUCAAUUCUAACUAUGACUAUUGUUACAGUAACUAUUAACUGAAUUUGACACUCAUCUCCGCGCGGAGGGUGACUCGCGUGUCACGUUACUUGGCUGUGUGUGUUAGGCUACAUCGUAAAAAAAAAUCAUGUUCCAUCGUAUUUUCACCACUCCACUUCACAUUAAGCUCCAUUAAACCGGAUGCGAGAUGAGAAAGAAAGAGAGAGAGAGAGAGAGAGAGAGAGAGAGAGAGAGAGAGAGAGAGAAACGGAUAAUGCAAAAAGAACCGCCAGGACGAUGGCAUUCAGAAUCGCGUUUUAUGCCAAGGGUAAAAAAACAAAAAGAGAAUAGGAAUCUUCUGCGUGUCACCCGCACUCCAUACCCUUUAGUGCCAUAUCGAACCCUCCCUGUCCCCAUCUUAUCCAUCUCCUUCCCUUGCCACUCAUCGGCCACUACACUUGUUAACGUUUGACAGUAGAACGUGUUGUUAAAGAGAUGUAUAAUCCUGCGCGACACACGCGCAGGCACGUUUUCAAUAAAAAAAAGUCGGACUAUAUCAUUUAUUUCACAUUAAUAUACAUAAACAGCAUUGUUAUGGAGCAUAUUAGAGAUACUUUAUCAUACACCUGUUCUUAGUUUGCAGUAUGUGGAAAAGGUAGAGAUUCUUAGCAGCCAAGGAUAUUGUAGAAAAGAAAGAUUAAUAAGAGAAGGAUUAAUGCAGAAGGGGAAUAGUAACAGGCCGCGUGUUCCGUUAUAAUAUGCGCUGAUUGCUGCAAAUUAAGAGGGAUGUUAUAUAAUGGAAUACUUUGAAUUCAUGAUGUCGCGUUACACGUUCGCGUAUCCUGAUGAUUUUACACAGUCACAUGUCCUGUUUCAGCUUGCCCGAUGUUUGACUAGCGGUAAUAACUGAAGUUAGAAAAUGCAAUAGAGCGUCUGAACUGAUUGGCAUAUACAUACAUGCACGGCGAAUUUGACGAAUUAGUUUAAAAUUAACCGUCGCAAUUGCUGCCGAAGAAAAAAAGAAAAGAGAAUAAUCGAUUGUGAAAGUUUACCUCAGGCAAAUUCAACGAUAUCGCUCAAACAAAAGCGCGAUAGUUUUAAAGGUCACUGACGCAAAAAAAGUGUUGCAUUAAAGACGUCUGUAUCAACGGAUCGUAGGCCUAUACUGAUUGACCAUUAACAGAUUGAAAAAGAAAAGGAAUUAUAGGCAUAUACAAGUAGAUUGUUCGAGAUUUAUCAUAUAUCGGUUAAUUAUUGCUUCAGAAAAAAUGUUGCAUUUGUCUCUAUAAAGAAUUUUCUCUAAUUGUUAGUUUACUGCCACUUUUUUGCAAUUGUUCGCUAUAAUCAAAUAUUUAAAUAAUAGGGCGAAUAUAUUUACCGAUAGCCAAGGAAAUCAAUGUAAAAAACGUGAUAUAUAUAUAUACAUAUAUAUUACGCUAAAACACAUGUUACACUAAGAUAUCGCUAUAGAGAACGUUCAAGAGAAAAAAAAGGAGUUUAUUUAUCGCAUUGAUCGACAAUAGCAGAGGCGAAGUUAUUUAUAUAGUACGAAAAUAUAAAGAUUAUCGGAGAUCACAGGCACAACUCGAAAUCAUUCGAUUAAACGCGACUC